CAGUUCCCGUUUCUUCGCCUUAAAUCGAAGUCAUGCAUCGAGAGAGCAUCCCUCUCUUGCACGGAAACUCGAAUUCGGGGCUCACCGUGUUUUUUGCCACCCUGUGUAUCAUCGACAUAUUCGGGGUAUUCCCCGUGAUAGCUCUGCCCAGAGCGAUCGUACAGUGCGGUUUAUUUGUUUACUUAUUCUACGUUCUUGGGCUGCUGGGCAUUCCAUUGGUGUUCAUUGUUUUUGGACUGCAGAUGUAUACUGCCGCACUUUUGGGAAAGUCAUGGAUCAUUGCCACGGCCUUGGAUCCCCACAUUUUUAGGAAGAAUCGGUACCCUUUGGCAGCCGUCACGGAGUUGACGUUGGGUUCAUGGGCACGCACCUGCGUAACUAUUUUGCUUGAUUUUACAGUUUUCGGAGGAGGCAUUCCGAACCUCCUAGUCGCCUCACAGAACCUGCAGUUAUUCGGCCAAGAAGUUUCGGGGAAGAAAUUCGAUUUGUCAUUUUGCUACUGGCUGUUGGUGGUAGGAGUUUUGCUGUGCCCUUUCAUGUGGCUGGGCAGUCCUCGCGAUAUGAAAUGGCUAGCUCUGUGCUCUUCCUUGAUCGUUGGAUUCACCGCCAUUCUGAUCUGGUGGUCCAUCGCGAGUCUUCCCGACUCGUCCAAGCCAAUUAUACCGGUCCCCAAUUCGCCAACCUGGGAUAAAUUCAUUUCUGGGUAUGGCAUGCUUGCCUUCCAGUUCGACGUGCAUCCAACACUGAUGACCAUUCAGGUGGACAUGCGAAACCCAGGUAGCAUUGAUAAAGCCGUCGUUUUGGCGUUUUUGGUGAGUGGAUCUCUGUUCGGGGUGACCUCUGCUCUGGCUAUUUGGAAAUUCGGGGGCGGCAUGACAGCGAACGUUCUUCAACUUGCACCGGAUGGCGUCGGAAUUCGUGCUGCAGUUCUUCUGGCAGCUCUUCAACUUUGCCUAUCAAGCGCCGUUGGACAUUCGGCCCUUUUCCAGCAUCUGGAGGAUCGCCUUGACGUCCAGAGGUCGUUCGGAUGGAAGCGGUGCGUAAUCCGAUGUAUGGUGGUCUUCCUGGGAGUGGUGCUGGGCGAAUCGGUCCCCAGGUUCGACAUCGUGAUGGCACUGAUAGGAGGAUCUCUGAUAGGACCUCUGGUCUUCGUGCUGCCUCCGUUGAUGUACGCCAGGGCAAGGGCGCUGAAGAAGUCUACGAGAGGACGAGUCAGGACCCCAGAGAUUUUCUCCUCGACGGAACGACGACCAGGAUCCGUCCUCCUGGACUCUCUAUCCGACCCCAGGGUGCACUCUAGGUCGACGUAUCUGGGAUUCGUGGAUGCCACCAACAAUCCCAAUAGUCCUAAUAAUCCAAGAUACUCUUAUCUGUAUUAUCGAAAUGGCGAUGACAACGGCGACGAUCAGCGAUUAGAUGUCGCGACAAACCCCAGGUCCAGCACGGACGAAGAGGACGAAAGAAUCGUCUUCGUCGAUGCAUCUCGGGAAGGCCCUAGAAGCGAUUUAAAUCGACAUCGACCUUCGACUUCGCAAAGGGCUUGGACCAGUUCCAUGGCCGAUUGGUUCGGUUACUGCAUCGUAGUCUUAGGAAUAGUCAUUACGAUCUCUUCGACGUAUAUUAACGUCAGGAACACCAUUAGAUUUGUAAGGUUCACGCCACCGUGUAUCGUAAACGUAACCACGGUUUAUGACAUUGCUUAAUGAGCCACGAGAUCCGCGGAUAUUCGUUUAAUAUCGUUUCGAUUAAACGUCUAGAAGGGACAAACGCGGGAUGUACUUGUAAAUUUGUUUAUAUGCGUUAACAUGUACCUUUUUUAUGAACACGCGAUAAUAUGAACACAUUCAAAAGAGUCGCAGUUGCGAAGGCAAUAUUGACAAACGAUGCCUUUUGUUGAGUCGAUUUGGCUUUUCAUCGGUUUUCGAAAUUCCUCCAAAUUUAUUGGCACUUCGAACCCUUAAUUAAUCAUUUCUCGCUUUUUCUUUUGCAUUCGAAUUAAUCAUCGAAGGAACCCUGAAAAAUAUUUUGCAGAGGAAUCAUGAACAAACGGUGUCAAACGUCAAUGACGUUUCACGAGAGGUCUGCUGCAUUUUGCGAAAAAUCUCAUAAUAUUUUUGACGUUAUACGGGAGUUUCAGGAAAAAGUGCCCAACGGCCGAUGUCAAUAUACAUCGACAUCGUCCGAUACGGGGUCAAUAAAUUAUUGCGACACGUCCUACUCCGACGACAUUGUGCAAAGCUUUUGCGAAGACACCUCCGACGAACAAAGUCAAAAUUCAUCCACGUCUUAUGCGGAACUAGAUGAUUAUUGCAAUGCACUUCUUGUUGACACCGUUUCUAAUAAAUCCUUGAUUUCCGUUACAUCCAACGAAAUUGAAACGAGACUGCAGGAACUAUUACACGGCGCGCGGUAAGACAAUUCAUUCGACGACGAUUAGUUUACAAUUAAUUAGAAAGCAGAUGAGAGGUCCCAGCAACUCCUCGGGCUUGUAAAUAAAAUUCAUAUUGGUUAAUCGAAGUUAUAACGUUUAUAAUAAGUACCGGAAAGGACUUAGAAGAAAGGAAAAAGGUCUCGAGAAAAAACUCAUGUCCUUGCGUGAAUGAAACUAGUUGUCCUUGUCAAGAGGAUUAUUUUAUCGAGGCGACACCUCUUGAAUUAUUGGGUACGUUUCGUUGGGUCUGUUGAAAAAUGCUUUUCUCUCCUUCACUUCUUAUCAAUUUAUUUUUUUGAUAAAUUGAUAAGUUUCACGAAUUUGUAUAAUUCUUGGCUAACCUAAAUAUUUGAAUCGGCAGGAAAUUUUGGAUGUCGACACGGUAAAAGAAGACGCCUCGAUCAGGGCGUUACGUUUCGUCGCCCUAGACAGCGAGCUUUUAUAACGCAUUUUAGUAAGAGGAAAGUUCUUGCUGAAUUUUAAAACCUCUAUCUUAAAUAACGCCGAAUUAGAAAAUAAGUGGACGAAUAUAGCUCGUUGAAUUAUCUCGGGGCGGAGUGUACGAUUAGAACAAAAGGCAAUGAACUUGUAAAAAAUGUCGAGUUGAAAUGAUUUCUUUUCAGCUUGGUAUUUUACUUUCAAGCUUAUUUUAGUAGUUUCCUUUAUCUAUCUAACAUACGUGAGGAAAUGAACUACAAAUUAUAGUAGCAUAUUUCUAAAGAAAAGCAGAAUUGUCGACGUAAUAACAAACGAGGAAUGUUCAACCUCGCUACUAGUUGACGACGAAUCAAUGACCGAUCGUCGUAAAAAUGUGCAAAAUUAAUGUCAGAAACUGAAUAAUAAUGUGACAAAAAUUGAUUCGACAGCAUUCGAGGGCAGAAAAUAAAUGGGCGAUUCAAGUCAUGCAGAAACAAA